AUGGCGACACUGAGAAAUCCAGGCUCGCAAGGCUACGUGCCCCUGGCCGACGCUUCACCAGAGAGCACCGAGGAUCAUGUAGUUUUUGAGCCAGUCAAAACAUGGAAAGGAUACAUAUGGGAUACGUGGGAGCUACCUCAGGAUCAGAGGCGCUUACUAUUCAAGGUCGAUGCCUUCAUCCUGACCUUCGCAUCAAUCGGAUAUUUUCUCAAGAACAUCGAUCAGACCAACAUCAAUAACGCGUUUCUAAGCGGCAUGGAGGAGGACCUCGAGAUGUUUGGAAAUCAACUUGUGACUAGUACCUCCAUUUGGACAUUUGGCUAUGUCAUCGGGCAGAUCCCAUCAAAUCUACUACUGACCCGAGUCUCUCCACGAUGGGUCAUUCCGUCGCUUGAGGUGGGUUGGGGUAUAGCCACAAUAUGUACCUCAUCAGUUCAAUCAUAUAGGAGUCUUUAUGUAUUACGAUUCUUCGUAGGCUUCUUCGAAUCGGGCUUCUAUCCUGGAAUCCAUUAUAUGCUCGGCUCUUGGUAUACGCCUAGGGAGAUUGGCAAGCGAGCCAUGCUCUUCUGGCUGGCUGGCUCGGUUGGAUCUAUGUUCAGUGGAUUCCUCCAAGGAGCUGCGUAUACAAAUCUUAAUGGCGUUCAUGGGCGUGCAGGCUGGCGUUGGCUGUUCAUCAUCGACGGCCUUAUCACCAUCCCACUGGCAAUAGCCGGGUAUUUCUUUUUCCCGAACCUACCGCAAGAUGGGAAGAGAACUUGGUGGACAACUGAAGAAGAGCAUAUUUUAUCGGUCAAAAGAAUGCAGGCAAUCGGCCGCGCAGGCAAGCAGCCUUGGACAAAAGACAGGGUCAAGAAGGUCUUGUCCAGCUGGCAUACUUACCAUCUUCCGUUACUGUAUAUUCUCUGGAACAAUGGAAAUCCUCAAGCGGCUAUGGGUUACUGGCUGAAAAGCUUCAACGACAAGCCUGCUCCGGUCCCGGGGACCUCAUUCACUGUUCCCGAGAUCAACAACCUACCUAUUCCUAGUACAGCGAUCUUCCUUGUAAUGGCACUAGCGUGGGGCUGGUUGUCAGACGGACCACUGCAAGGAGCUCGUUGGCCGUUCAUUUAUGCCGGAGCCAUACUUAUCAUCAUCUUCAACAUCCUCCUUCUCAACAUGCCACUCUACUCCAAUGUUGAUGGAAGAAAGGUUGUCUACUGGCUCAGCAAAAUUGGCCAUGGUGCCGGUCCUUUGAUCCUCAGCUGGAUUAACGAGAUAUGUUCUGCGGAUACGGAAAAGCGAGCCCUGAUCGUAGCCAUAGCCAACGACUUGGCGUAUGUUGUACAGGCUGUUGUGCCCGUGUUCAUGUGGAAAAAGACAGAUUUUCCCGCUGCGAGGAAGGGAUACACGUACUCAACCAUUUUGCAAGUACUGUUGAUUUUGGAGACUGCCUUCAUUCAGUUAUUAUUGUGGCGUGAUAGGCGAAAGCCUGUGCGGUCCCGUGGUGCUGAGUCUCCACCUCCACUCAUAUACUCGGAUGAGGAGGAGGGUGAAGACGGUAAUAAACCAGGAGAGCCGCACUUUUCUCAUACUACUUAG